CUAUAUGUUCCAAAAUACCUAUUUCAGAGAAAAUAACAUAUUAAUAUAAGAAUAAAAUUGUGUUCCUUUUGAUCACCGUACCACAAGGGAGAGGUGCUAUAAGUUUAACGUAAAGUUUGUUCCUAUAUAAGAAAAAUGGCGAUUAUGAAUACUUUUCUUUCCUAAUGCAACCCACAUGAUCCAACGCUCUAUACCUGUAUGUCAAACUGCAACUGCAAGCUGUCAAGCCCAAAAACAACGUACCUAACCUCCAAAAAAGAAAAACAAGUUUGUAUUUUUAAAACGUUUCUCAACUCAUUUAAACCUGUGUAUUCUACUUUAAUAUCCUAAUUUUAAUACUGAGCGUAAGGUGUUUUUGUUACUUCUAAAAUUACGUGUUUACAUAAUAAAUAAGCUUUUGGAAAUGGGAGGAGGAUUUUGCAGAGGUAAGAGGAAAGCAAACUUAGUAGCAAGAGAUAUGAGGAAUGGGAACAAGCAAAAUGUUCCAGAACUUGCUGACUGGGGUAAUUAUAUGGAAGCAAAACGUCUGAAAUUACUAGAUCAGUUCCAUAAUAGUGAAGUUAAGAGGAUAUCAAACAUCUUUGAAGGAAUUUCAAUUUUUGUAAAUGGCCUUACCAGACCACCUGCAGAUGAAUUGAAGAAUCUGAUGGCUGCACAUGGUGGAGAAUUUCACAUGUAUCAGAGUUCCAGUACAACUCAUCUCAUUGCGUCCAAUCUACCUAAUGUUAAGAUAAAAAAUCUGGGGAGAGUACCAAUUGUAAAACCCUCAUGGAUUGUUGACAGUAUAGCAAUGGGGAAACUUUUAGACUUCAAAAGGUAUCUGCUAUACAAUAACCAAAGCAGGACUCAGCCUCGGUUAGAUUUUACAGUCAUGCAAAAAACUACUGGUAGUAAAGUGCCAGUACAAGCCACCAGUAAUGGAAUUGCCAUACCACAUGAACAAACUAAUAUGGAAGUUCCAUCACCCAGAAACCAAGACCAUACAGAAAUUGAAAAUAAAUCAGCAAUUGAUAAUAAGGGCAAAGGUAUAUCAAAAACUGCUGCAGAUCCUAGUUUCUUGCAAGAAUUCUACCAGAACUCAAGGUUACAUUUGAUUUCUACCUUAUGUGCUGAAUACAAAGAUCUGGUCAAUAAAUUGAGAGAAACAUCUGAUGGGCAUUUUCCUGGCAAGGACAAAUUGAUUGCAAAGAAAGAUGUCCCCACAGAAGAAACAUUUGCAACAGGCGUUCCUCGCAAUCGGCAGUCGCUUCCGUGCUGUUGUGGCCUUGUAUGCUGUAAAAGUCAAUAUCGUCAUACACGCGGGAUUAGUUAUAGCAGCGAUCAUGUGUGCCCGCAGGCGUUUCUCUCUGCGAGAGUUAUUUAAUUUUUUAUUUUUCAUGUUCUAACCAACUUUUUCUCGCAAGAGCUAACUUGUGCCAGACAUAAUCCUUUACAAAGUGAUGUUAGCAUUGAGUGGGAGGUAUUUACUUGUCAAUAAAAGAAAAUUGAUCACAUUCAUUAGAUUCAGUUUUCCUAGGUGGAUAUUGGUGACAGAGAUAGCAUGUCCGAAAUAGCAAGUUGCAGCUACGAAGCUAGAAAAUCUGGAGUACGAAAUGGAAUGUUCUUGGGCCAGGCAAUCAAAUUGUGUCCAGAUUUGAAAACACAACCUUACGAUUUUGAGGGAUACAAAGAAGUGUCCAACAUCUUAUAUAGAACUAUAGCCAGCUAUACUCUAGAUAUAGAAGCAGUGAGCUGUGAUGAAAUGUAUGUAGAUGUGACAAAGCUGCUAAAAGAAACGGGCCUAACUGUAGAGGAAUGGGCCACUCAUAUAAGAAAUGAAAUUAUGGAGGCUACUGGAUGUCCAUGUUCAACAGGAUUUGGAGCAAAUCGCCUCCAAGCUAGGCUUGCUACACGCAAAGCCAAACCAGCAGGCCAGUACUAUCUUCAAGCAGACGAUGUGGAGUCCUAUAUGACCGAUAUACCGCUAUCUGAUUUACCGGGUGUAGGUAGAGUUACACUGUCCAAACUGAGUAAUUUAGGACUGAGUACCUGUGGCGAUGUACAGAUGAAGUCGUUGAGCUUUAUUCAAGCACUUCUUGGCAAAAAAGCAGGUCAAACUCUCAAGGAUCAAGCUCGAGGCGUAGACAGUAGACCUCUCAACUUCACUCAUGAAAGAAAGUCAAUAUCUGCCGAUGUAAACUAUGGGAUACGCUUCAAAAAAUUAGAAGAGUGCUAUACGUUUUUGCAAAGCCUCUCUGAUGAGGUUUUUAAUAGGAUGAGUGCAGUUAAUAUGACAGCUAAAGGAUUGACUUUAAAAUUGUUGGUGAGGGCUCCAGAAGCUCCUGUGGAGACAGCAAAAUACUUGGGUUGCGGCAUAUGUGAAUCUAUAACAAAAAGCUCUACUGGGAAUAUAAUUUUCAACAACCGUGAUGUUAUUUACAAAGAGGUGAAGACCUUGUAUGAUAAGAUUGACCCACCUUUCGUUGACUUGAGAGGAAUCGGCAUUCAGAUGACAAAACUAGAAAAAUCCGUUGCAAUGAACAAUGUGCUUAGUAAGUUUCUGAAGCACAACAGCAAGAAAGAAAAUGUUUCUGUCGAUGACAGUGAAAAUACAUUGCAGAAUGGUAACAAAGUUGAAGGAGAGAGUAAAAGCACUGAUGAAGGAUUACCUAUAGAAAAUAGCAACAAAAGCGCGGUGACAAGUGAUAUAUUAAAAUACAACGAACAUGUCAAUGUUGGGAAGAAAGUUUUGGAGAAGACCAGUAGAGGUAGAGGCAGGGGUAGCAAAAAUGGAUCAACUAAAAACAAAGGAAAAUGUACGACUAGUAACAUUGGUGAUUAUUUUGGUAAAAGCAAAAUGGGGAGUCAGCCUGAUUCAAAAAAGAAGAAGCAUAUGCAAAAUGAAAUAGACUUGGAAGUAUUGCAUGAACUACCAGAAGGUCUGAGAAAUGAAAUAAUAAAGGAGUAUCAGCUUGAACACAGACUUCACCAAGUCUCAAAAAUUGAUAAUGCACAACCACAUGACAGCAGAAAAGAAGCAUCUGGAAAGAAAAUGAAAUCACCUUUUGCUAACAUGCCUUGGGAGCAAAUAAAACCAAUUGUAAAUAAAUGGAUCGCUUCAGAAAAGGAUCCAUCUGAUUUUGAUACAGAGAUGAUAGCAAAUCACUUUAGACAAAUGGCCUUAGAUAGAAAAAUCGAAGAAUUGUAUAGGAUAUUCAAGUAUCUCCACAGAAUAUUUGCUGGCUUAACAUGCACGUGGCACACGGCAUAUAUCUCUAUGGUGAACAUAAUGCAGGAAGGGAUGGUAGCAAGGUAUGAAAACACUCUUAUGGUACCAAGAAGCUUUGAUUGCUGUCAUAUUUGAUAUUUUUAUAGUAAUUUUUAUUACCAGGCUGUGAUUGAUAUUAUUGUUAUACACACAUGUAAUUUUGAAAUAUACUUUCUUAUAUGA